UGGUUUUUCAUGCGGGGCCCAAACCUGAGGAAAAAUUGCCAUCACUAUCUCCAGAACACCUACCCGCACGAGCGACGAGGCUUAGGCGAACACUGUGUUGUUGGCGACCGAAACCCUAGAGUUCGCAUCGAGCCAUGGAUUUGUCGGAGACCGACUUCGAUCGCAUCCUCUUCUUCGAGCAUGCACGCAAGACCGCCGAAGCCACCUACGCAACGAACCCCCUCGACGCUGAUAAUCUGACGAAAUGGGGAGGCGCACUUUUUGAGCUGGCACAGUUUCAGGGCGGGGAAGAAUCAGUGAAGGCGAUAUCAGAUGCUAUAUCAAAACUGGAAGAAGCCUUGGCAAUCAAUCCAAAGAAGCCUGAAACUAAUUGGUAUUUAGGAAAUGCACAUUCUGCUCUAGCCUUCUGUUUUCCAGAUCAUGAUACUGCCAUGGUUCAUUUUGAUAAGGCAACUCACUGUUUUCAGAAGGCUGCGGAGGAGGAUCCUGGAAAUGAGCUCUACAAAAAUUCUCUGGAAAUGCUGGCCAAGGCCCCGGAGUUGCAUCAGGAACUCCAAAAGCAGAUGGCUGGCCAAAACACUGUAAAUGCGACAUCCUCAAAUACAAGUACUAAGGUAUCAAAGGAGUCUAAGAAGAAGAAGAAAAGCAGCGACUUGACAUACGAUAUACUUGGGUGGGUUAUUCUUGCAGUUGGUAUUGUCGCUUGGGUAGGUUUGGCCAAAUAUCACGUCGCCACUGCAUCGCCACCCCCAAGGUGAAGUCCCUAGAAAAUGCUGUGCACUUGUAGUAUUUGCUUGGCACAAGAUGGCACAUUCCAGACCAGAAAAGCUGCAAUGUCAUAGUGGCACGCCCUCGGAGAUAAGAGGCCAUAUAUCUCCAGCCGCAAUUUCAAUUCUGAGUUUUCUUUCUUGUUGGACAUAUCGGCAUUGCCACCUUCUGAAUGGCCCGUAAGAUUUUAUGUGAAACCAUACAUAUCGAUCAGCCACCCUUUUUUUUACAAUAAAUAUACUGAAAUUAAUAGAAGUGACCAAGUUAAUUCUUUUGAGGAAUCAUUUACCAUCAGAUAUUCCUUUU